UGCAGAGGUUUCUGGCCAUUUCUUGCCAUUUCGAUUUUAGACGAAGAAGUGUACGUUAGAAGAAGAGGUUAGAAUUUUAGACGAUUACAGUUUGGUAAUCUGAAAAAUGGGUUUUCAAAAUAUUUGGUACUCGCACCCAAGAAAAUAUGGACAAGGAUCUAGAUCCUGUCGUGCUUGUGCGAACAAACAUGGUUUGAUAAGAAAAUAUGGAUUAAACAUCUGUCGCCAAUGUUUUCGCGAAUAUGCUGCCGACAUUGGCUUUAAAAAGGUAUAA